AUGAAUAUUGUGAUCCCGGACUGUUACACUACCCCUGAUGACAUAACAUCUCAUUACAACACCUGUUUAAAUAGCAUCCUCAAUUCCCUCGCUCCACUCAAAACACGCUCUGUUUCCUUCUCCACAACUGCACCCUGGUACACCCCCCACCUCCGCUCCAUGAAAACCAAAGGCCGCCAACUGGAAAGACUUUACAAGAAAACUGGACUCUCCAUUCACAAAGAAAUGUACAUUAACCACAUUCGCUGCUACAAGGACUCAAUUUCUCACGCAAAAACAGACCACUACUCCGCCCAGAUCAUCUCCAACAAAGGAAACACCAGAUCACUAUUCACUCUCCUCAACAAAUCUCUCCAGCCACCGGACUCCCUCCCUCCCCACCUGUAUUCAACCGACACCUGCAACACCCUAAUGCAGUUUUUUAAUGACAAAAUCUCCAACAUCCAUAAACAACUACACUCAGGUUCUCUUCCCCCUGGACCCCCUUCAAACUCACCUACUCCCCUGCCACACCACCAGCCCUUCUCCAGUUUUCUCCCCAAUGACUCUGAAAUCUAUGAUCUCAUCCAGAAAUCCAAACCCUCAACCUGUCAGCUGGAUCCCCUUCCCACCACACUGCUCAAAUCAUGCCUCCCAUCUGUGCUCCCUCUCAUAUCUGCCAUCAUUCACUCCUCACUCACCACUGGAACUGUUCCCGCAUCCCUCAAGACAGCAGCCAUCACCCCUAUCCUUAAAAAACCUGGCUCUGACCCCAAUAACUUCAACAACCUCCGCCCCAUCUCAAAUCUACCGUUUAUAGCCAAAAUAAUGGAAAAGGUCGUCGCCAGCCAACUUCACACCCACCUAACCCAGAACUCCCUCUAUGACCCCUUCCAAUCUGGUUUCCGCCCCCGCCACAGCACCGAAACCGCACUGCUAAAAAUUACUAACGACCUUCUCACUGCAUCUGACUCUGGUUCACUUUCCAUCCUCAUCCUCCUCGACCUUAGUGCAGCCUUCGACACUAUCUCCCAUCCCAUCCUCCUUCAUAGACUCUCCUCCAUCGGCAUCACCCACACUCCCCUCCGCUGGUUCCACUCUUACCUCUCAGACCGCACACAGUUCAUCCAGCUCAAAUCAUUCAAGUCCGACCCCUCCCCAGUCAGUUCAGGUGUGCCCCAGGGCUCUGUCCUGGGGCCCCUGCUGUUCAUCAUCUACCUCCUCCCCCUUGGUUCCAUCUUCCAUAAAUUCAACAUUCAAUACCACUGCUACGCUGACGACACCCAGCUCUACCUCUCCAGCUCACCAAACUCCACCCUCCCACCCACCUCCCUCAUCACCUGCCUAUCUGAAAUUAAAUCCUGGUUCACCUCCAACUUUCUCCAAUUAAACAGUCAGAAAACAGAAAUUCUUCUUGUAGGUUCCAAAUCCACCCUAUCCAAAGUUGACAGUCUCUCCCUUCCCAUCGACAGUUCCUCAGUUUCCCCCUCCCCUCAGGUCAAGAGUCUGGGUGUCGUCCUUGACAGUUCUCUUUCUUUUAAAUCCCACAUCAGCCUUACCACUCGCACUGCCUAUUUCCACCUCCGCCACAUCAAUCGUCUCCGCCCCUCCCUCUCCCCCAACACCACCUCCAUCCUCGUCCACAGUCUCAUCACCUCCCGUCUGGAUUACUGCAACUCCCUCCUCUUCGGUCUCCCUUACACGUCUCUCCAUAAACUUCAACUGGUCCACAACUCCACUGCCCGUAUCAUCACCAAAACCCCUUCGUCCCACCACAUCACCCCCAUCCUUCAGCAGCUUCACUGGCUCCCGGUCCCUCUACGAAUCCAGUUCAAAAUUCUCCUGUAUACCUUCAAAGCCAUCCACAACCUCGCCCCUCCUUACCUAUCUGACCUCCUCCACAUCGCCACUCCAGCACGCCACCUCCGUUCCUCUUCCUCUCUCCACCUCUCUGUGCCCCCUGUUCACCUCAGCACUAUGGGGGGCAGAGCUUUCAGUCGCUCUGCCCCCCGACUCUGGAACUCUUUACCAUCAUACAUCCGCAACAUAGACUCCCUCCCCCUCUUCAAGUCCAAACUCAAAACACACCUGUUUAAACUGGCCUAUCCCUCCCACCACCCCUAA